CAACCUUUAUCACUCGCUGCUCGAGAUGCGAUUGAAGAUCUCCUGAUGGACUUUAUGAGUGCCCUUUCAAUGACACAACACCAGCAAGUUCUUGAGGCCUUCUCACGACUCGAUCUUAUUUCCCAAGGAUCACAAUGUCCGAAGUUGUUUCAACUCAGAUGCCUCAUAUCGUUACUUUCUGCAAGACAUGUUGUACUUCGAGCUGCGACAGGUUCUGGAAAAACCCUUGCUAUGAUUCUCCCUUUGCUGCUUUCUCCCAACAAGAUAGCCAUCACAGUCACCCCUCUGAAAUUGCUGCAGCGAGACCACGUUCACGAGUUCGAGCAGUAUGGUAUUCUUUCCAUCACCAUUAAUCACGAUACACCACAUGACCAGACUCUCUGGAGUCGCGUGUCUGCAGGAGCUUUCUGUAACCUUCUCGUCAUACCAGAGCAGUUCUUUCCUGAAGGUGGACAUAUUCCACAUCUUGCGCUGCUGCUGAAGGAUCUGAAUUUCGUCAAGCGGAUUGGUUUUUUUUUCAUUGACGAGGCUCAUUUCAUUAUCAUGGCUGGAGAACCCAAGGCAGGCGAGAAGCUUGCA